CUGGAUUGUAUAAGAGACGUUGCCUCCAUCUUUCUCUCUCCAUUUCUCUCCAUAGACCUCUUCCAUGAAGCUCCAAGCCAUUGAGCUUCCCUUUGGGAGAAACCCCACAGCUCAGAAAAUCCCAAAGACAGUUCUUCUGCUAGCCCUAACACUAGUCAUCCUCACAGUCGUCCCUCUUUACUACCCUUUUCUGAGGUACAAAUCUUUUCUGAAGAACUCUACUGAAUCAUCCCCUCCAUACCAUUCGGAUGAGAAUUCGAUAAAGAUAACAGAGAAUGAGAAGUGUGACAUUUUCACUGGAGAAUGGGUUCCGAAUCCUGGCGCCCCAUACUACACCAACACGACAUGUUGGGCGAUCCACGAGCAUCAGAAUUGUAUGAAAUAUGGAAGACCAGAUUCUGAGUUCAUGAAAUGGAGGUGGAAACCAGAUGGGUGUGAGCUUCCUAUCUUCAAUCCUUAUCAGUUCCUUGACAUUGUCAGAGGGAAAUCCAUGGCCUUUGUUGGAGAUUCUGUGGGAAGAAACCAAAUGCAAUCUUUGAUAUGCCUCUUGUCUAGGGUAGGCCUUCACUCUCAUCUUCUCUUUUAUGUGUGUGUGUUUUUAAAGCUAUAUCGUAGUGUUUAUGGAUAGUUCUUCAUGCUUGGUUUCAAGAAUUUUUUUUUUUUUAUUUAUUUGUGUUACUUUUUCUAUAAAUAUAUUUAAU